AUGCUAGAUCUUAGCUCCACAUUCGACACCGUUGAUCAUGACAUCCUGCUUCGUAGACUGAAUCAUGAAUUUGGAAUAAAGGGGCGGGUUCUAGAGUGGUUUACUUCUUAUCUCAGUAAACGUUCUCAAUUUAUUUCAGUCAACGGUGGCCGAUCUAGACUUUUUGAUGUAUCAUGUGGAGUCCCUCAGGGAUCAUGUUUGGGUCCCCUACUAUUUGUACUAUAUGUUAGUAAACUGUUUAGCAUUGUGGAAAAACACCUACCUGAUGCUCAUGCAUUCGAUGACGAUUCACAGCUCUAUGUAUCGUUCAAACCAGAUUCGACAUGUGAUCAACUUGCUGCAGUUGCUGCCUUAGAACAUUGCAUUGAUGUUAUAAAGGAUUGGAUGCUCUCUGAUAAAUUAAAGGUUAAUGAUGGUAAAACAGAAUUUCUAAUCAUUGGAACUCGGCAACAACUAGCGAAGGUCAACUUUAAUUCUUUGAGAAUUGGCGACAAUUCUAUCAACUCGAUCGACAAGGCAAAGAAUUUGGGAUUCUGGUUUGACUCGCAGAUGAAAAUGGUAACUAACAUAAGCAAGUGUUCAAGUGCUUCUAUUCCGUUCUAG